AUGGCCUCGUCAGCUGCAGCUGUGGCCGCUACUGAGGUCGAAAAGAAAGAUACAGCCACAGCGACUGCAGAAGCUAAUUACCAGAUCAUCGCGAAAGUGGGCGAUUUCGACGCUGUCCAAGCCAAACGCCCCGAUUUCGACCACUCGAACAAGCCUAUCGAAGUCACCAAAUCCCCCAAUCCAAACUGGGAAUAUGGGCAAGGAGUGCCAGGCAGUGGUGCAAGUGCUAAAAAGCAUCGCGAGAUUGACCCGUACGCGCCGGACCGUCCAAUGAUCAACAAUUAUCAUCUGCUUGUCUCUGGCAUUGCGCCUCGCCCGAUUGGAUUUCUGAGCACCGUGUCCGGCGACGGAAAGACCAAGAACCUUGCCCCGUUCAGCUACUUCCAGGUCAUUGACCAUGAUCCACCCAUGUUUAUCGUGGGAUUCUCCUCUCGGCCGGGCCGAGUCAAGGACACCUUCCGCAAUUUGAAAGAGACAGGCGAGGUGGUUAUCAACACAGUCUCGGAGAACAUGAUCGAGGCAGUCAAUGCGACUUCCAUCGACGCACCGUAUGGUGUUUCCGAGUGGGAGAUAUCCGGUCUGCAUGAGGCGCCUGCAACGACUGUCAAGCCUUCCCGUGUUCAGGAGUCUGUGUUCUCCAUAGAAGGCAAAGUGGUUGAUAUCAAGGAGUUCGAAGACCAUAGCAAGCCUGGGAUGAGCAUUGCCUCCCUGGUGCUUAUCAAGGCGACCCGAUUCUGGGUCCAAGAGGAUGCUGCUGAUGCAGACUUUAGACACAUUGAUCUGAAUAAAUUGCGACCUUUGGGACAGCUGGGUGGUAUCUCUUAUGGGCGGAUUACGUCCAUAUUUGAACAGCCAAGGAAACGAUGGAGUGAUGAAUAUCCACAGAGUGAGCUAUUGACAAGAUUGGAGGGAUCGAAGCCGGAGACGAAAUGA